GUUGGGCUCAGAAAUUUCAGGGUACGGAGCAGAGCAGAGCAGACACGCGCAAACAUGCCAUUGUCAACAAGAAGCCAAGAACCCAAGAAGAAUAAAUAACAGUGACCCAACUCACAAAAUCCCCAUCUUCUUCCCCCGCUUUUAUUUGUCAACUCGGCCGCUGACUCGUCUUCGACUCACUUGACUCGCCUCCCCAAAACAGCACAAGCAAGCGGAGACUGAAGCGAGCGAUGGCUUCGGAAGAGAAGCGCAUUGAAGACGAACUGUCGUACCCGAUUUUGCUGUCGGAGCGGGUCCGGUCCGCCGUGGACGAGGCCGAGUCGUUCAAGCUCGAGUGCUCCGAGGUCGGCAAGCAGGUGGAUCGCCUCUCGCAGAUGCUCCGAACCGUCGUCCGCUUCGCCACGACGGCGCCGUUCUUGUACGAGCGCCCAAUUCGGCGCAUCGUCUCCGAGGUCUCCAAGAAUCUCGAGCGAGCCCUAACCCUGGUCCGCAAGUGCAAGCGCCAGAGCGUCCUACGACGUGUCGUGACGAUCACCAGCGCCACCGACUUCCGCAAGCUCUUCAACUUCCUCGAGUCUUCCGUCGGAGACAUGAAGUGGCUGCUCAGCAUAUUCGACCCGGACUCCGGGGGCAAUAACGGAAUUGUGCUCUCCCUCGCCCCGAUUGCCAGCAACGACCCGAUUCUCUCGUGGGUUUGGUCCUUCAUCGCCACUAUUCAAAUGGGUCAGUUGCCGGAUCGUGUUGAGGCUGCGAACGAGCUCGCUUCCCUGGCCCAAGACAACGACCGGAACAAGAAGAUUAUCGUCGACGAAGGUGGGGUCUCGCCGCUGCUGAAGCUCUUGAAAGAGGGCUCGUCGCCGGAUGCCCAAAUUGCGGCGGCGACGGCGCUCUAUAAUCUGGCCAGUGAUCAGGAGAAAGUGAGGACCAUUGUGAAUGAGGUUGGGGUGCCCGCUAUUGUGCAGGUUCUAGGCGACUCGCCGAUGAAGGUUCAGAGUCGAGUGGCGACCUUGGUGGCGAGAAUGGCGGAGCAUGACAGUCUUGCCCAAGAGGAUUUCGCCAGAGAGAAUGUGAUCAGGCCGCUGGUGACGCUGUUGUCGUUUGAGACUUUCGUGGAGGAUCGGAAGAUUGAAUCGGGUAAGCAAAGCAUUCACUCUCUAGUUCAGAUUAACAAGGAAAUGGAGAAGAGCACAUUAGGAAAAUCCAAACCCAGUAGCAAUAGUCGUGAGAGUAAUUUUAGACCUUACUCGAAUUCGUAUUCGAGUUCUUCGUAUACUUAUUAUGCGGAGGGAAGUAAUCGCGGGGGACAUAAUCAUAGGAAGGAGAGGGAGAAUGAGAAGCCCCAUGUUAAGCUACAGCUGAAAGUUAGUUGUGCAGAGGCCUUGUGGAUGCUUGCUAGAGGUAGUGUUUCGAAUAGUAGGAGGAUAACUGAGACGAAAGGUUUGCUUUGCUUGGCUAAGUUGGUGGAGAUGGAACAGGGUGAGUUGCAAUUCAAUUGUUUGAUGACUAUAAUGGAGAUAACAGCUGCUGCUGAAUCCAAUGCUGACCUUAGGAGAGCGGCGUUUAAGACCAAUUCACCAGCUGCCAAGGCGGUUGUGGAUCAGCUCUUGAGGCUGAUCAAAGAUGUGGAUAGCCCGACAUUGCAAAUUCCUUCUAUAAAAUCAGUUGGUUCAUUGGCGAGGACAUUCCCUGCUAGGGAGACCUGGGUCAUUGGUCCCCUAGCGACUCAACUUAGCCACAAAAAUCUAGACAUGGCAACAGAAGCGGCAAUUUCACUUGGGAAAUUUGCUUGUCCAGAUAAUUUUCUCUGUAUGGAGCAUUCAAAGACGAUUAUUGAGUUCAAUGCUAUCCCAUCUCUGAUGAAACUGCUAAGAGGCAAUGAACACUCACAGUUGCAUGGACUGAUUCUCCUAUGCUACCUUGCACUACACUCUGGCAAUACUGACAAUUUGGAACCGACUAGGGUGUUGACUGCCCUUGAAGGGGCAGACCGUAAUGUGCUGCCUCAACAUCCCGAGUUGAGAGAAUUGGUGGUGAAGGCAAUAUAUCACCUCAAUCUGUACCACACUGGAGGUCAUUCUCAAAGGCUGACAUACGUGCCUUGAAAACAAGUUCAGCGGGCUAAAGGACCGAAGUUUGUUUCUGGUAUAUCAUUGUGCUGUGCAGCAGUAGUAGGAUCAGGUUGAUACUUUUGAAAGGGAAGGAAACAGGGCUCAUACAAACAUAGUUGAUUUAUAAGAUAAAUGCAAAAGUUCAGAAUUAAUUGUUUUUGAGAAAAAAUAAAAAUAAAAAGAGAUGACUUGUUUAUAUGAAAAGAAUACUCUAUCCUCAGUUCAGUCGCA